UUUGUGAGCGCUCACCACGACACAGAGGGCAUUUAACACAGCCUUAAAAAGGAAAGCCGGACUUUCUGAGCGGUUUAUUCGGUGCUGUGUGGAUUGAAGUAUGUUUGUCAUCGCUGCUUGAUGGAGCAAUAAUUUUACAGUUUCAAGUCGGCGCUUAAGAAAUAAGACCAAAUUCUGUUACGGUGUGAUUUCCUUCACUUAAGGGUUUGUUUUGUUACAUAUUUGUAAAGUCCAGAGGAUGAAGACAGAUGACUUGAGAAAGAAAACUACUCCUAUACUCAUUUUGUUUUACGACUGCAGCUCGUUACAUUGAAGAUGGGCACAGGGAAGGAGAGGUGGCUGAGCCCAGGUGGCUGAGCUGACACUGAGCUAAGGAAGAAUGCAUUUGUCUCCAGUUGGCACGAACAGACGUUGCUUCCUGGCCUCUUCGGCCCUCUGUGCCAUUGUGCUGCUGCUGAUCCCAACUCUCCAAACGCCACAGCGGCAGAGUGAGCUGCCCCGACCUCUACCCCAUACUAGGCCUGCUACAGGAGAAAACGCCACAGGCUACAAAGGUGCUAGUAACCUUAAGGACAGCAGAGUUUUUGGUCUGCCCUUUCCUAGUGACAAAUCCCAAAGGGACUCGAUAGAUGCAGACUUCCUCAGCUCACGCUCCAAAGAGCCUCUGGGACCGAAAGACCUUUUUAUUGCAGUUAAAACCACCAGGAAAUAUCACAAAUCACGUCUGGAGCUGCUUUUCCAGACCUGGGUAUCCAAAGCCAAAGAGCAGACAUUCAUCUUCACUGAUGGUGAGGAUAAGGAGCUGAAGCAGAAAGCAGGAGGCAAUGUCAUCAACACCAACUGCUCAGCUGCUCACACACGACAGGCGCUGUGCUGCAAGAUGUCUGUGGAAUACGACAAGUUCAUCGAGUCACAAAAAAAAUGGUUCUGUCACGUGGAUGAUGAUAAUUAUGUUAUCCUGCCAAGCUUGCUGCAGCUGCUCUCAUCCUAUUCCCACACGCAGGAUGUGUACCUGGGCCGGCCCAGUCUCGAUCACCCUAUAGAGGCUCCUGAGAGGGUCAGGAGUGAUGGAUCUACUUCUGUCAGGUUCUGGUUUGCUACUGGAGGUGCUGGCUUCUGUAUCAGUCGAGGUCUGGCACUCAAGAUGAGUCCAUGGGCAAGUCUAGGGAACUUUAUCACUACAGCAGAGAAGAUCCGUCUCCCGGAUGACUGCACAAUCGGUUACAUCAUUGAGGCGCUGCUGGAGGUUCCUCUGAUACACACCAACCUCUUCCACUCACAUCUGGAGAACCUGCAGAGGAUGCCUGCUGCGGACGUCCUCAAACAGGUCACCCUCAGUUAUGGUGGUUUUGAGAACAGGAGGAAUGUGGUACCUAUUGCUGGAGUGUUCUCUUUGACUGAGGACCCUUCACGGUUCAAGACUGUUCACUGCUUAAUUUAUCCUGAGACUGAAUGGUGUCUUCGCAGCAAUCAUCACUGACCUCAACGCGUUCUUCUGGAGACAAAGCAAAUAUCUCCUAGCUCUCAAUCCCAAAAGGCUGCACUUGUGCAUUAAUAUAACUGACUAGCGGGCUAAUUACCAUGUCAAUUUAGCACAGCUGCAAUUUGUACAGAUGUCAUUGACCAGUUUUUUUUAUUUUAUUUCAUAUAUGAGAGAAAUAAUUUAUUACAUACAUACAGUGGAUAUAAAAAGUGUACACACCCUGUUAAAAUGAUUUUUUUUUUCUGAUGUAAA